AUGGAUGGUUCAAGCAUGGGUGGUAGGUUUAUGUUAGGAUCAAUUGGGGGGAGCUUGGACCUAGAAGCUCCUCCUAUGCAUCGAAAUCAACAUAGCCAGAUGGGUAAUCCCUCGAUCCAUCAUCAUCACCACGGCCAGGUGAACUUAACUGGUGGGAUUGAUAACGAUGGGCAAUCGAUGGGGCUAAUGGAAUCGAUAGGUCUGGCUCGUAAAGGGCAUCCGACGAGUUAUGGGAAAGCAAAUGACGAUGAUCUUAGUGAAGAAGAUGAUGAUCCAAACUUGAUGGAAGAUGGGCAGGCAGCCAACAGCUCGAAGGGUACGAAGAUAUCUCCAUGGCAUCGGAUGAAAUGGACCGAUAAUGUGGUGAGGCUUCUGAUUGCUGUUGUUGCUUAUGUGGGCGAUGAUGGUCCGGAAACUGGCGAGAGCCACAAGAGGAAAUCUGUGGUUCUGCAGAAGAAAGGCAAGUGGAAGACUGUUUCGAAGGUCAUGAUCGGUAAAGGCUGUCACGUUUCGCCCCAGCAGUGUGAGGAUAAGUUCAAUGAUUUGAACAAGAGGUACAAGAAGUUGAAUGACAUUCUUGGGAGGGGAACAAGUUGCCAAGUUGUGGAAAACCCCGGCUUGAUGGAAUCGAUGCCUCAUCUUUCGUCCAAGGCCAAGGAUGAAGUUAGGAAGAUACUGAGCUCGAAACAGUUGUUCUACCAGGAGAUUUGUGCUUACCAUAAUGGACAAAAGAUUCCCAAUUGCCCUGAUGUGGAUCUCCAAGGAUGUUCAUUACCCGUGAAGGGACACUGGAGAGAGAAUGAUGGUUCUGACGAGGAUGAGGAGAACGAUGAAAGCGAAGAUGAUGACUCGGAGAAUGAAGAUGAAAAUGUCGAUAUCAAUGCUGAGAGGACUAGAAGAAAUGAAGAGGGCAAUAGCUUUGAGGUCGAAAUGGCUGCCAUGUUUCGAGACCCUAAUGUGACAUCUAGGGACAGGAACCAGUGGGUUAAGAAGCAGAUGUUUCACCUACAGGAGCAACGAGUCAGCAUCAUGGCUGAAUCCUUACAGCUCGAGAAGCAACGCCUCAAGUGGUUGAGAUACAGAAGUAAGAAAGACAUGGAGUUUGAUAGAUUGAAGAUUGAGAAUGAGAGACUGAGGCUAGAGAAUGAGCAAAGCAUGGCACGGAUGAAGAUGAAGCAACUGGAAGCCAAUCUUGGACAUUCUGAUGCCUCGGUAGAUCCAAUUACUCUCGGUACUCAACGACCACAAGGAAAAGAGCCGAUUGAUUUGAGCAGGCCACGUUGUAGAAUGAUUGACGCUUGA